AUGUCUCAAUAUGUUACUAUCAUAAGAACCAGAUUUGAAAAUUUUGAGGAUCCAGAGGAAUGUGAUAAAGAUAGAGAAAUUUUAUCUGAAAGUAUUAGUGAAGAACUUGGAGAAGUAAUUAAUAGAAUUGUUCAUGUCGAUAACCCCCAAAUUCAUCUUACUAGUGAAGGAAAGCGAGUGGAAAGACAGAAGGAAUUAAAUAUAGAAAUUCGUAAAGCAUCGAGAGGAAAAUUGUUAAAACAUUUAGUUGCUUAUGAAAGUAUCUAUAAGCCUUCCAAUCUAGACAUUUUGAAUAAGAUAGUUGGUGAGGAAUGGAAAGAUAAGGAAAUAUUAAAAUUAAAAAUAACUAAGAAAUUUAUUCAACACAUUAGGGAAAAAAAUUCAGGACUCGGAGAAGAAGUAAAAGAAGAGCUAGAAAAAAUACGAAAUAAAGUAGAAAAAAGACUGAUUCAUUUGGAGAAAGGAGAAUUGGAUAAGAAAACAUCUAGUCAAGAUUGCCAAAGUAUUUCAAAGCAAAAAAAGAAAGAAGAUAAUGAUUCAGUAGAAGAAAGAAGAGGACAAAGAGAGGAGUUUCAAACUAAGACUAAUUUACAAAGCGAAUUAAGUAAGCAAAUAGAAGGUCAACUCGUUAGAGAAUUAAGGGAAUUAAAUUCUUAUCUCCUAGAAGGAGAAAAAGGAAAAAGAUUAGUUGAUGAGAUUGUUAUUGGCAGAGAAGAAAUUAUUAGAGUACUUAAAGGAGAUAUUGAAGAGAAAAAGGAGCAUUUGCAGGAAGUAAAGGAUUCUCUAGAAAAGAAACUGUCAAAUGUUAGGGACUCUGUGUCUAGAUUUUUUGGUGGGGGAAAACAAGAAAAAAAUUUGGUUCAAGAGAUUUGUCAAGCACAAAUUGACCUUGACAAAUCAGAAACAGAGUUGGAAAAUAUUCAAAAGAUUUUAGGAAGAAUUGAAAAUUUUAAAGAACAACUAGAACAGCAGUUAGAGACAAGAGUUGAAGUGUUUCUUAAGUAA